UAGGGGCAAGUUGGGCAAUCGAAAUAUCUCGAAAACUAUUCACCGUACGUAUAGACAUCGUAUGGCGGAAAGAGGGAGGCGCGGGAGGGAUAAACAUCACGCGAUCGCUAGUGGCAACUGGGUAAGCGAGUGAGGAGCACGGGCGUUUUGUUUAUUUUAAGACCAAAAAGUAAAAACGUCAUUUAUCGCAAGUUUUCGUCUGGAUUAGUCAAAUGUUAUUUGUUUUUAAUCAGGAUGCGGACUUACAAGAGAAUAACUACAAGAUGUUCUUACACUACUGAAGAUUUAAAAAAUGCUGCAAAGGCUGUGAACGAUGAAGGUAAAAGUGUUAAUGCCACCGCUACAGAAUUCGGUAUCAAACGGAUGACUUUGACAUGAUAUCUGAAAAAAUUAAAUGAAGGUGCCGAUUCAUCCAUGGGCUAUGCAACACCGAGACAAGUAUUUUCUUCUACACAGGAAGAUUCACUGAAAAAAUACUUGCUACAAAUGGCAUCAAUCUUCUACGGAUAUUCUCCAAAAGAUGUCCGUCGCCUUGCCUACGAAUGUGCUAAUAAAUUCGAAAUUGAAAUUCCACCCAGCUGGGCUGCAAAUAAGAUGGCCGGAAAAGAAUGGCUUACGAUGUUUUUAAAACGAAAUCCGGAGCUAUCCAUACGAAAACCAGAACCCACCAGCCUUGGUAGGGCAACAUCAUUUAAUGCGCAGAAUGUUAAAGUUUUCUUUGAUAAAUUAGCGGAAGUAAUGGAUAGAUAUGGAUUUACAGCGGCAGACAUUUGGAAUAUAGAUGAGACAGGAUUAUCCACUGUGCUGAAGCCAAAUAAAAUUGUAGCUGCCAAAGGUAAGCGCAACGUCGGCGCAAUGACUUCUGGAGAACGAGGGACUAACGUUACAGUGGUAACUGCUGUAUCUGCUCUUGGAAAUGCUGUAUCUGCUAUGUUUGUAUUUUCGAGAAAAAAGUUUAAGACACACUUUCUUAAUGGUGGCCCCCCUGACUGUAUAGGAACAGGCAAUGCCAGUGGAUGGGUUACAGACGAAGAAUUCUAUCAGUUUAUGCAACAUUUUAUAAAACAUGUGAAACCGUCCAUGGAGCGCCCGGUUUUGUUAGUGUUGGAUAAUCAUUCCUCUCACUUGAACGUGAAGACACUAACUUUAGCCAAAGAGAAUGGAGUUGUAAUGCUGUCCUUUCCACCGCAUUGUAGCCAUAAGUUACAACCGUUGGAUGUAUCAGUUUUUGGACCGUUCAAAAAAUAUUGCGCUGCUGCUCAAGAUGCGUGGCUUCGUAACAACCCCGGGAAAACCCUUACUAUUUAUGACAUACCAAAAAUAGUCGCAGAUUCGUUGCCGAUUGCUCAGACAAGUAUAAAUAUUGUUAACGGUUUCCGAAAGACAGGCAUCUUCCCGUAUAAUGCAAACAUUUUUGGUGAGGAUGGGUUUUCCCCAUCAUUUGUAACUGAUCGUCCUGGAUUAGAAAAUAGCAAGCCGGGAAAAGAUUAUCUAGAGCAACCUGUGAUGUCCAGCACUGAAUUUAAUCCCACUCCUUCUACCUCUACAAGCCAAGCUGAACUCGAACCUGGUCCAAGCAAUAAAGAAAAUGAGUCAGUUAACCUAAUACAAGUAUUUUCCCCGGAAAUUGUAAGACCAUUCCCAAAGGCUGGUCCUAGAAAAGUAGGUACAACUAACAGAAGAAAGAGGAAAGCUGCAAUACUAACUGACACACCCGAGAAGAACGCCCUAGAAGAACAACAAAAUAAAACCACAAAAAAAGUUAAGAAGACAAAGAAGAACGUGGAUAAGAAAAAGAAAAAGGGUGUCUGUAAAAAAGUACUCCAGUCAAGUGAUGAAAGUGACAAUGGUGAUUACUCCUGUCUGAUUUGUUGUGAAGACUAUGUUGAAAGUUUACCAGGAGAAACUUGGAUCCAGUGUCAAACUUGCAGGGAAUGGGCUCAUACAAAAUGUGUUCCAGGUGCUGGUCUUACUUUCGUUUGUGUCAAUUGCAAUAAUGACAACGACGAUUAAGUUGCUAAGAUCUGAUUAAUAUAUAUUUUUAAAUAUUCAAGUCUAAUUUGAAAUAGAAAGACUGAAUUUAAUCCUAAAGUCUGUCUUAAGAUUCGUUGAUGUUUUGUUUAUUCUAUUUUCAGUUAAUUACGUAAAGAAAUUUACUUUAAGUUUUGUUGUUCUGUCACUAAGACAAUUACCAUUAAGUUCCAAAGAUUAAUUAUUAUU